CUUGUUCAUUGGCAUUUCUAGGGGGAAAUGGGUGUAUUUUUCCUUGCGGGCGGUUCAUUCGGUGGAGUUUAGGUUCUUGCUGGGUAGUGAUUUGAAAUGCUCCUCCUAGUGUUUGCUUCUUCUCGGCUUCCGAUCGUUUGCCACUUGCAAUCUCUGGUUUCCUUUCCUCUUCUGUAGUCCUGCAAUUGUUGUUACUUUAGGAUAGGUGGAAAGUCCUAGUUGAAAGCACAGGCCUUCGUUUCGGCAAAUUGAAAUGGCGAUGAUCUUGUUCAUUGGCAUUUGUAGGGAGAGAUGGAAGUAUUUUUCUUUGUCAAGAAAUUCUGGAAUCUGGGAGUGGGGGAAAAUGUGCCUUUUGAAUUCUAUGGUAUGCCUAGUGUCCUUCUUCCCACAUAAUCAACUAGCUCCUGUUUCUCUCCUUUGGGGACGUGCUUCUUUACUUUCUCUUUACUAUGGGUUAUCAUGUGAGAGUCAGAAUUUCGCUAUUUAGAUUCCUAUUCGAUUUACCUAAGUAAAGCUUGAAAUUUGUUUGAAUGAGCCCUAUCUCAUCUAAUUUUGCGAACUGUAGUAGUGUCUUUUUUGUCCUUUUUUUUGGCUUUUUGAAAGAGAGAUGUAGAAGCUCGUCAUUGCAGUGGAGAAUUGCAGAAUGGGCUUAUUGUCCAUUUUUUCCCAUACUAAAUGAAGAAAUCUACACCAACUGCCACUGGAUGGUAAAUGCAGGACCAGUGGAAGAACAUGAGAUAGCCCUGAGCAGAUGUAUUUUGAAAUGAACUUGACUGCAUUUUUAAGUAAUGACUUCGUAUACGAGCUGAGUGCAGUGCUAAUAUCAGAUUCCAUGAAUCAGAUAAGGAACCUUUGUAUUUAUUUGUUGUCAUUUCCUUCCUUUUCCUUUAUGUUAUUCUUUUGAAUUCGGAAGGAUCAUAUGCAUGACCCAAUUCCCUUUGCCAAGGUAGUUUUAGAUGAGUCCAUUUUCUUUAUAUUGGGGUCAUCCUAUGAGAUGAGCUGCUGUUUGCUUCUGCAGCUGCGUAAUUCCAUCAGCAUAUGCCGAUUCUAUGCCACUUUAUGUAAAUGCUUGCAAUGCAGGCAAGAAAAUGCUUUUGAAAUGUGAAUGUGCUUUGAUUGGAUCAUAUAAGGAGGCUGAUACUUACAAGAACUUUUAAUUAUUCAUAUUGGGCUUGUGUGGUUUGUCAUGUCCUUUGGAUGCUAUUACUCAAAUUAACAUGUUAAGUACUUUAAGUUGCUAUAACGCCUUAUAUUUUCUCCAUUUUGCAGGUGCCGAAGAAUAGCAUAUUGUUGAGCUUAUUGUUUGACGUCAUGAACAUUGAUCUCAGGCUACCUUCCGGUGGACAUGAGAAGGAAGAAGGAGAGCCGCAUGGUAUUGACAACAUGUUGAACGGCCAGGAAAAAUUGCAUAAUGGUGAUAUAGUGACUACAACUCUGGCAGAUCUUGGAGAUGCAUCCCAUGUUUCAGAUGGAGGUGUUCUGAAUCCCGUCACAGCAGAUAUGAUAGAGGUGAAAGAGUAUAUGAACCUUGAACCACUUUCAGGUAUGGAGUUUGAAUCGCAUGGAGAUGCCUAUUCUUUUUAUCAGGAGUACGCUCGGUCUAUGGGUUUCAACACUGCAAUACAAAACAGCCGUCGUUCGAAAACAUCUAGAGAAUUUAUUGAUGCAAAAUUUGCGUGUUCUAGAUAUGGGACAAAAAGAGAAUAUGACAAGUCUUAUAAUCGGCCUCGGGCCCGCCAAAGCAAGCAAGAUCCAGAAAAUGCGACUGGUCGGCGAGCUUGUGCUAAGACGGAUUGCAAAGCAAGUAUGCACGUGAAGAGAAGGUCAGAUGGAAAAUGGGUUAUACAUAGCUUUUUCAAGGAGCAUAACCAUGAACUUUUACCAGCCCAAGCUAUCAGUGAACAGACGAGAAAGAUGUAUGCCACAAUGGCUAGACAGUUUGCGGAAUAUAAAAAUGUGGUUGGUCUGAAGAAUGACAUAAAAAAUCCCUUCGAGAAAGGUCGUAAUAUUCUAUUAGAAGCUGGAGACGCAAGGAUCUUGCUUGAGUUCUUCUCACAGAUGCAAUGCUCAAAUUCAAAUUUCUUUCAUGCGGUUGACCUGGCUGAUGAUCAGCGCGUUAGAAGUUUGCUUUGGGUUGAUGCAAAGAGUAGGCAUGACUACAGUAAUCUCAGUGACGUAAUCUCCUUCGACACUACUUACAUUAGAAGCAAGUACAAGAUGCCUCUUGCCUUAUUUGUUGGCGUGAACCAGCACUACCAGUUCAUGUUGCUUGGAUGUGCACUAUUGUCGGAUGAAAGUGCUGCUACAUACUCUUGGCUCAUGCAAACUUGGUUGAAAGCCGUUGGUGGUCAGCAUCCAAAAGUAAUAAUCACCGAUCAAGACAAAGCCAUUAAAACAGUCAUUUCAGAUGUUUUCCCUAAUUCUCGUCAUUGCUUCUGUUUGUGGCAAAUAUGGGGGAAGCUUUCUGACAAUCUCGGUCAUGUGAUAAAAAGACAUGAUAAUUUUAUGGCAAAAUUUGAAAAAUGUGUCAAUAGGUCUUGGACAGAGGUAGAAUUCGAGAAAAGGUGGUGGAAGAUUAUAAACAGAUGUGAACUAAGAGAGGAUGAAUGGAUGCGCUCAUUGUAUGAGGAUCGCAGGCAUUGGGUGCCGACCUUCCUGAAGGAUGCUUUCUUUGCUGGAAUGUGUAGCAUUCAGCGAGUUGAUAGUGUAAAUGCCUUCUUUGAUAAGUAUUUACAUAAGAAGACCACCGUGCAAGAGUUUGUAAAACAGUAUGAAGCAAUUCUGCAAGAUAGGUAUGAAGAUGAAAGCAAAGGAGAGUCUGAUACAUGGAGUAAGCAACCUGUACUGAAAUCUCCAUCUCCAUUUGAGAAGAGUGUUUCGGGAUCAUACACACAUGCAGUUCUUAAGAAGUUUCAAGUUGAGGUUCUAGGUGCAGUUGCUUGUCGUCCCAAAGAGGAAAGACAAGAUGAGACCUCCACGAUUUUCAGAGUCCAAGAUUUGGAGAAGGACCAAGAUUUCACUGUCAUGUGGAACGAGAUGAAGUCAGAAAUUUCUUGUACAUGCAGGUUAUUUGAGUACAAAGGUUAUCUGUGUCGACAUGCGCUGAUUGUUCUACAAAUGCGUGGUCUUUCUGCAAUUCCAUCUGCUUAUAUUUUAGAAAGAUGGACCAAAGAUGCAAAGAACAGGCUUUUGAUGACAGAGGAAUCUGAACAGGUUCAAUCAAGAGUACAGAGGUACAAUGAUUUAUGCCAGCGGGCAAUGAGAUUGAGUGAAGAGGGAUCGAUGUCCCAGGAGGCUUACAGUCUAGCAAUGCGGGCAAUUGAGGAAGCUUUUGCAAACUGUGUUAAUCAAAACACUAUUAACAAGAGUCCUGCUGAAGCCGGCACAUCAGCAACUCAUGGUCUAUUGUGUGCAGAAGAUGACAGCCAAGGCAGAGGAAUGAGCAAAACAAACAAAAAGAAGAACCCGACCAAGAAAAGAAAGGUGACCUCUGAGCCAGAUAUAAUGACAGUUGGGGCACAAGAAAGCUUGCAGCAAAUGGAGAAACUAACCUCAAGAUCAGUGACCCUUGAUAGCUACUAUGGCACUCAGCAGAGUGUUCCGGGGAUGGUACAACUAAAUUUAAUGGCACCUACUCGUGAUAAUUACUAUGGGAGUCAGCAGACAAUUCAAGGGCUGGGGCAACUCAACUCAAUAGCACCAAGUCAUGAUGGAUACUACACUCCUCAGCAGAGUAUGCAUGGGCUGGGACAGAUGGACUUCUUCAGAUCCCCAGGCAGUUUUACUUACAGUAUUCGGGAUGAUUCCAAUGUCAGAGCAGCGCAGUUGCAUGAGGAUGCAUCAAGACAUGCUUGACAUCUAUUAGAUAAAGAGAGGAAACAGAAGCUGUAGUUCGCCAAAGGGCGGCAGGUGAACUUAUAUCCCAAAUGGAAGUAACAUAAGUCUACGAUUGUAGUGUUUGUAAGAUAGCAGAUAGGCUAAUGAUUUUCAUCACCAUAGAUCGGCUGUUGUAUUUUAUUUGUGGAAUCUGGAGGAAAGUUGGGAUAAGCUCGAGGUAGGAUCGUUAUCAGUUGUACAGGGUGUUCUUGUUGUAUCUUGGAUUGCAUCAGCUCAGAAUUAGAAUAGGAUUUGUUGAGAUGAGUCGGUAAAUUCUCCAUUUAUUCAGUCUCAGCUCUAAUGUUAAUGUUUGCCAGCAUAGU